AUCACAGUUCACAGUUGCAUAACUACAAUGUUAUUUAAAAUUUUUGGUUUAUUAACGUGCUUAUUACAAUGUAUAAGUGGAGCCAAUAUUCUAGGUUUAUAUUUUCACGCUGGUAAAAGUCACCAUAUACUUGGCGAAACCUUACUUAAGGAACUUGCAAGAAGAGGCCACAAUGUCACUAUGGCUAGUCCCUUUCCACUGGAUGAACCUUUUCCUAACUACACAGACAUACAUUUAACUGGAAUAUUAGAUGAUCAGUUAGCUAGGGAAAGCAUGUUUAUGAAAAUGAAUAAAGGUCAUACAUUCAUUGGUGUUAAUGAUGUUCUGGAGCUAACAAGAGCACAAACUGAGCUAACUCUUAAUCACACAGAAAUGGCAAAACUGUUAAAAUCUGGGACAAAGUUCGACUUAGUUAUCAUCGACUGGUUUAUGAAUAGCGCUAUUUUAAUGUUUGGAAAGCUGUUCGACGCGCCAGUUAUUCCUAUAGCAUCUCACGGGACUACACAUCUUGCCAAUUACAUAGUAGGAAACCCAGCACCUCCUUCUUACGUACCAAACGUAAUGUUAGCAUUUUCCCCUGAUAUGACAUUCUUACAAAGAUUAAUUAAUGGUGUGGUUACUGUUGGAUAUAAUUUAGCUAGCUACAGUAAUAUUAAAUACCACCAGGCUCUACUAGAAAAAUAUUUUGAUAAUCCCCCCACGAUCGAAAAACUACAAGACACAGUAGCUUUAGUUUUAUCCAACGGACAUUACAGUUUUGAAUCGCCCAGACCUUUUGUGCCUAAUGUUAUCCCAGUAGGUGGAUUUCAUGUGCAAAAACCGAAAAAGUUGCCACAAGAUCUUCAAGCUUAUAUGGACAAGGCUGAAAAAGGAGUGAUUUAUUUUAGCUUAGGAUCUAAUAUGAAAAGCGUAUUAUUGCCUAAAGAAAAGCAACAAGAAAUUUUAAGAGCACUAGCAAAAAUUCCUUACAAUGUUUUAUGGAAAUGGGAAAACGAUGAUUUGGAUGACAAACCAAAUAAUGUUCUUAUCCGUAAAUGGUUUCCCCAGAACGACGUCCUUGGACAUCCAAACUUAAAACUUUUUAUCAGUCAUGGAGGCCUUCUAAGUACAAUUGAGUCUCUGUAUCACGGGGUACCAGUGCUGGGAAUACCUAUAUUUGGCGACCAAAAGGCAAAUAUACCAAACGCUGUGGCAGCUGGUUAUGCUGUUCAGCUGGAACUAGCUGAUUUAAAUGAAAUAAGUUUGGGUGAAGCGCUAAAUGAAAUUUUAAAUAACUCCAAGUACAGUAACAAUGCGAAGAAACGUUCAGAACUACUCCAUGAUCAACCAAUGUCACCCAUGGACACAGCCAUAUUUUGGGUUGAACACGUUAUACGUCAUAAAGGAGCACCCCAUCUACGUAAUUCAGGUAACCAUUUGACAUGGUACCAGUACGUAAUGCUGGAUGUGAUUUUAUUUUUGUUUGUAAUCUUAUACUUGUCUUUCGUUAUAUUUCGUAUUUGUAUUAGAAAAAUUGUGGCACUAUUUUCACAAAAUCGUAAACAAAAGCAGAAGAAAAAUUAAUUUAUAUUGUUAUCUUGUUCAAACAAAAAUGUAUUUUUUCUAAAAUAAAAAGUGUAAUUAAAUUGUGUGCAUCUACCUGUAAAUAAAAUUUGUACGUUAUACUAAA